GUCUCUCGUGAGAUUAUAACCAAAGCACUUCGUGAUAUUUUACAUAAAGACGUAGUCUUUCGUGAACAGUCUGAAAUGCACACUAAAAUAUUUGAUUGGUUCGAGGAAAAAAAUCCCUCCCCAACCAUCAAGGCCAUAUGCAAUAUUCAAAAAACGAUAAAGCAUACUUUUUCUUUCACCGAUGAGGAACAAGGGGCCUUUAUUGAACCUAUUCUUAAUUUGAUUGAAAAAGCACUUAACGAAUCGGUAUUUCACGGAAAACUUAAAUCAGCUCCGACUGAGCUUUUCAAAAAUUAUAAGAACAAUGUUAGGAAUAAAGUAGCACACGGAACCUUAAUAGAUCAAAAAGGUCGAUGGAGCGACCACGAACUCCAACAUAUCGCUAUUCUCGCGUGUGAUGUUGUCACCUGUUUAGGUGGCAAUUAUAAAGAAUUACAUGCUAUAAAAGGAAAUCUUGAUAGUAAAAUUGUUCAAAAAUGGACGGGAAAAACAACUACAGGGGCAAAUGAAAUGAAAGAGGGAUCCAAGCAAAAGAUAAUGAAGCUGGCGUUAAGAGAAGAUGAAGAUAUAAUACAGAUAUGGCGGGCUGUUAAAACGAAAGAGAGCAAAAGGGAACAAUCCUACGAAUUUAUUGAAUUUGGAAAUAUUUUAUUUAAUAUAAACUUAAAAUGCAAUAGCAUUGAAGUGGAGAAAUUGAAAUCGGACUCCGAUUCUCCUGAAGAAAAACAGGUCGUGAUUGCGCAACUUAAGGCUUAG